AUGACCUCGCGGUUGGGGCAGCGUGCCUCCACAAUAGCGGCGGUCGUCGCGAUAGUGUUUUUGGUGUGCUUCAUCGGCGUUUUGUGGGCGACGUUCCGUCAUGGGGCGCAUACACGACAUCAGGAUCCGCCUCCUGCUCUACCGGCGAGUUAUCAUCAGAGGGAAAGCGGCGAUGAAGUGCGAACGACGCCUUAUCGCCUGCCCGGACCGGCUUUGACACAGACCGCAGCUGAGGGUAAACCCGAUCAGCAGAGCACUGAUCGAAAAUCGACGACAAAGGCGCCACAAAGUGCUUCGUCGAGCAAUGUGAUAUUGGAUAAUAGCAACUAUGCCGAGUACGUAAAACCCAUCAAGAUCGACUCGCCGCCGUUCCACGAAUUAGAUUUACUCUACGGAAGAUCUUGGGCAGAAGGCUCAGACGAUGGGUUACAGCAUAGUGGUCACUUCAGGCAUAAUACAGCAGAAAUUUGGGACCCUCAUCCGCAAUACGAAAUUCGUGCAUUUGGUAAUAAUCUACGUUUGGUUUUGGAACACAAUGAUGACUUUGUGGCGCCUCAUUGGCAGAUGACUCAUAAUUGGGAUAACGCGACAUGGAUUCCACAUCGCGGAAAUUCUCGGCCGGAAAAAUGUUUUUAUAAAGGGCGAGUUCGUGGAGAUGAUCGAUCGACUGUCGCAGUUUCGCUCUGUGAUGGAAUGACAGGUACAAUCCGUACGUCAAAAGGAUCGUAUUUCAUAGAACCACGAGAGGACUUUCCGAACAAUCAUACUGUACAAAGUAUUCUGCAUGUAAUCUACAGGGCAUCGCCGAUCCAGAGGCACGACCAUGCUGAUGACGAACCGAAGGACCCACAUUGCGCCUUGGAUGAUACCACAAAUGAUGUUCACGACGAACCUAUUUUUAAAGACAGAAUCAUACCACAACCACUGCCUGAAAAUCAUCGCUCAAAGCGAUCUGUUUCUGACAAUAAGUAUUAUAUAGAAGUUCUAGUCGCAGUAGAUAGGAAAAUGAAAUUAUACCAUGACACUAAACUACAAAACUACGUACUGACAUUAAUGUCAAUUGUGUCCCAAAUAUACAAAGACGCAAGUAUAGGCAACUCCAUAAGUAUAGCUCUUGUAGAAUUAGCAGUAUUAGAAGAUUUAGAUUUUGACAAGGAUCAAUCAAUGUCACACAGCGGCGUAUCUGCUUCAAAUAUGCUCCGAGGAUUUUGUUCUUCACAUCGCAAAAAUCGGUUGCCUCAUGACACUGCCAUACUUCUGACGCGGGAGAACAUAUGCCGGAGUCCUCAUCAUAAGAAAUGUGAUACUUUGGGUCUGGCAGAACUGGGUACCAUGUGUCAGCCAAAAUCCAGCUGCGCCAUCGUCCAGGACAACGGAUUAUCGGCGGCUUUCACGAUUGCACAUGAAUUAGGACACGUAUUAAACAUGCCACACGACGAUGAUGACAAAUGCGCCGCUUUCCGAGACAAAGUAGUCCCAUCUGCCAAAGACAACAUUAUGUCGCGUAUGUUGGAUCACAAUACAUACCCAUGGUCCUGGUCUCAAUGUAGCAGACAUUUUAUCACAGACUUUCUAGAAGCAAACAAUGUUGCGUGUUUGCGUAAUAAGCCAAGCGAAGAUUUAAUUGAUGACGGCAGGAAACAUCGUAACAACAGAUUACCUGGUGAAGAAUUCAGUGGUAAUAGGCAGUGCGAACUUGUUUUUGGCAACGGAUCCAAACUUUGCACUAGAAUGCCGGUGUGUACACGAUUAUGGUGUAUGCCACCAGACGUUCAGCAUGAAUUGCACCAGAAAGGAUAUAAAAGUGAUGGUCCACAGGGUUGCCGGACACAGCACAUGCCAUGGGCCGAUGGCACGCCCUGUGGACCAGGAAGCUGGUGCCACAAAGGUGAAUGUGUAAGUGCGAAUCGGAACGCCUUGAAAGCGACCAACGGUGGAUGGGGCCAAUGGCAAGGUUGGGGAGCAUGUUCUCGAACAUGUGGCGGUGGUGUCCAGAGUUCGGUGAGGCAGUGUGAUAGUCCUGCACCUUCUAACGGUGGACAAUAUUGCGAAGGUCUACGUGUACGUUAUAGAUCAUGUAACACCGAUGAUUGCCCACCAGAGGAUACAGAUUACAGAGAACAACAGUGUGCAGAAUUCAAUAAACGAGACUUCAAAAUCGAUUGGAUGAACAAAACACAGAAAUGGGUACCGAAGUAUGGUGUGUCCGUUAAUGAUCGAUGCAAAUUAUAUUGUCGGGUGCAAAAUAGUUCGAGAUACUUUCUGCUGAAGGACAAGGUAGUGGAUGGCACCAGAUGCUCGCCUGAUAGUUUCAACAAAUGCGUCAACGGCAUUUGUAAGAAGGCGGGUUGUGACAAUAAACUCGAUUCAGAUAUGAAAUUAGAUCGUUGCGGUAUUUGCGGAGGAGACGGUUCAACGUGCUAUGUGGUAACUGGUAGCUAUAACCAGUCCAGUUAUGGAUACCACACUGUUGUCAAGAUUCCUAAAGGUGCUUCAAAUUUGGAAAUAAUUCAGCGUGGUUAUCGAAACUCAAGCAAAGACGACAAUUUUCUGGCUCUCAUGGACGGGCAUACAUCCGAAUAUAUUUUGAAUGGAAACGAUAUGGUCAAUCUUCAUCGAAAAUUAUUUGUAUGGGGUGGAGUUACUAUUGAAUAUACAGGCUCGAAUACAACUAAUGAAAAAAUUAAUAGUUCUCGUACCAGACAACUGAAGUAUGAUUUGAUAGUACAGGUCCUGUCUGUCGGCCAAGAAUAUCCACCAGACAUUGUUUAUGAAUAUACUGAAUCAAAGCGUAUGGAGUAUAUGUGGAAAAUGUCAUCAUGGUCUAGCUGUGAUAGAAUUUGUCAAGGAGUCAGUUAUCAAACCCCACAAUGUGUACAUCGUCAAACCCAAACCAUUGUAUCUGAUGAUCACUGUGGUCAUGAACAUAAACCAGACAGGAAAGAGAAAACGUGCAACGAUAUAUGUACUUUGAGUUGGGACGUCGCCAGUUACUCAGAGUGCUCGGUUACGUGUGGGAAAGGUAUUCGUCGAAUUCAUUGGCAAUGUAUCCGUAAGGAUAUAUAUGAUACAAAAGAAAUAUUGGACGAUAUCAUGUGCAGUCACGUCGCUAAACAGGACCCAUCUGAAGGAAUAAUUUGUGAAAGAUCAUGCCCUGAAUGGAAAUUUAGCGAGUGGACACCGUGUUCGUGUACCACGGGUUUGCAGAACAGGACGGCGCGUUGUGUGGAUUUUACAGGAAAACAUAUGCCUGACUAUAUGUGCGACUCCUCCUUACGGAAACUGCAACAAAAUUGCGAGAGCAGUUGCGCGCAAUGGGUCGAAGGACCUUGGACACCGUGCUCGGCGACUUGUGGCUCUGGAAUCAAGAAACGCGCGCUAAUUUGCAAGCUGAAUGACAAACUGCUCAGUGGCGAAUACUGUCAAGGUCCCAGUCCUAAAACUGAGGAUACGUGCGAAAUGGAACCAUGUCCUACUUCUGAUCUGUAUACAAUGAGGCCUGAGGACAAUCUCACGUUGUACAACGUGGGAAAUUAUGAUUACAAUUACGACAAUCAUAAGAUUCAUGCCGUUGAUGUUGUUCCAGUAAUGAAGCACCACUUUGCUUAUGCUUGGCGAACUGGUCUAUGGGGAGAGUGUUCGUGUACAAAACGUGAACGUGUACGUCUUGUGGAGUGCAUGAGAGGUAACGAAGUCGCAUCUCCUAUAUUAUGUUCCGCAAACAGACCCCUGAACCGUGAGUCCUGCGAAGACCCACAAUGUGGUAAAUGGAUUUAUGGAGAUUGGGGACAAUGUCAACGAGAUUGCAUGCAGCGCAGACAAGUUGUUUGUCAACAUAAGACGACCAGAAUGACCUUACCGGAUAGCGAAUGCGACCCUAGGCAAAAAAUGCAGGCUACUCAGUUUUGUAAACCGGAUUUACGAUAUCAAUGGACGUGUACGCGAAGCAGAGGACGUCACGGCAUCCGGUGUAAGGAUAUGCUUGAUUUUCUAUCUCCUUUAAAGGAUGACCAUUUGUGCAGCCAGUGUUACCGGCAGCAUGCUUAUAAGGACUGCAAGACGCACCGUUCACCAUGGCGCAAGACCGCCUGGUCACCCUGCAUUGGCAAAUGUGGUGAACCUGGCCAUCAAGUUAGAAAUGUUACUUGUGUAGAAAAUAUUAGACAAAGAAUAAGUCGACCCAAUAGACAUCCUUUACAAUAUUGGAGAGGUACAGAAUCACCAUCUACACAAUACUGCAAUAUUUUCCCUCGACCAUCUAGUGUAAGAACUUGCGACCCUGUUUGUAGCUAUCAUUGGGUUACUAAAGCAUGGCAAAAGUGCUCACACACAUGUGGACGCAAAGGAAGAAAGAAGAGGCACGUUUACUGUUCAUUAAAUGGUGGGACGAAAGAAUAUGAUGAACAUUUUUGUUCAAAGAUGAGAAAGCCAAAUGCAGAGAAAAAUUGCAACAGAAGAAAAAAAUGCAUUGCUACAAGAUGCAAAGAAGUUCGAGCUUCAGAAGAUGGUGAAUACACUCUUAUUGUUAAUGGGAAAACUGCUAAUGUAUACUGUUCAGGAAUGAAAACUGCAAAUCCAUUAGAAUAUAUAUCACUGCCUGCUGGAUAUCAGGAAAAUAGAUCGGAUUUCGUCGACAAACGAAGAUAUACUUUAGAGUGCAUGAAAGGAUCUCAUGAAUGCAAAGAGUGUGAUGAACGAGGAGCUCGAAGAAGUACAACAUUCUUUGGAAAAGUGAGAUUAAAUAUCACAUCAUUGCAAAUUAUAGUGAAUGAUACACGUUUCACUGAACAACAUGGAGGAGAAGCACUGCCUUUUGCAAAUGCAGGGGACUGCACUUUAAAUGGACCAUCCUGUACUCAAGGGUGGUUUGCCAUAGAUUUGUCAGGGACAGAUUUUAGGAUACACUCCCAGAGUUCAUGGAACCAACUCCAUUCAAAUAAUGCACCCCAGUCGUGCUUAGAACGCAGGCCCACUCACCGAAAAGUUAUGGGUCAUUCAGGAGGCACAACUUGUGGAACAUGCAUUUAUUCAAGAGGACUGUAUGUGCAAGUGACUUAAUGUGAUUGUGUUAGCAUUGAAGUGCACGGAUAUUAUUUAAAACCCUAAAUAAGGUUUAGAUCUGAAAUCGAGUUAAACCCCUUUGGAUAAAUCGGGUCUGCAGAUACGAACAUGUGGUUUCAGUGCAUUGUGACCUUAACCAAUUUCUCAGUGCUGUAUUUUUAUUUGAAUUUUUAUCAUUAGACCUACUGGAAACAGUAGAAUAUCUAUCCAUCACUGUACAAAAUGAGAUUGAC